AAACAACUAAAUACCAUGUGCGAGACGUACAACUUCCUCCCAGUCAAUUAUCCCAAUAACGAAUCCCCCAAAGAGGAUCAUCCAGGUUACCACUCCAUGGAGGAAGACAAAGUGAUCCUGGAAACCAAAAUCACUUUACGAACAGGCCCGAACAUCACUAUGAAAAUACACGAGGAAAGCCGACCGAACAGCGUCGCGAGUUGCUUCGAGAGCGAGGAGGACAACAAUAAACAAGGCGUCCUAAAAGUCCUUAAUGACGACAGUGAGAGUGACUACUACGAGGAGUCCCGGGUAACCCCGAAAACCCCUAGAAAAGUCCGUUUCGGGGGUGAAAUCGUGAAACUUCGCACCCCGGAGAGCGAUCAAACCGAAGAAGAGGAUCAGGACGUUACCGGGAUUAAAAUCACCGUUACUGAUGCUGUUUCAAUUAGGACCAAAAAAAGUCUGAUUCCCAUUCGGAUUUCGUCGUUACCCACCACGCCCAAGAAGUUUUUGUACCGGAAAGAGACAAAGUACCAGUACAAGUCCGUCCCGAAUUUGACGUUGGGUGGCUCGAAAAUACCCUUGAGGGCCAAAGUGAGGGUUAAAAGUGAGGAGCGGAAGCCUGAAGCCGUUGACCAUCCGGAAGAAACACCCAAAAUCCUCAAACACAGCAGGGGCGAGGACGUUUUAUCCCCGAUUCCCAUACACAACGAAAUCGAAGUUUUUCACAAUUUGACCCGCAGCCCUGACAGAAGCAGGAGAAACUCCUUGAAUGCAUCCAAUGAACUUGAAGCUAGUGAUCAAAUUCCAGAAAACUUCACUACUUCAUUCAACAGUUUCACUGUAUAUGAAGAGAAUGAAGUUAAAAAGAGUGAAGAGGCUAAAGAAGAACGUGAAGUGGUAAAUGAAGUUGCCCAAGCAGAUGAUCAGUCGGUUAGGAGUGAUAAGAAAGCGAUUCUUCAACAGUCCGUGUCAUCUUUAACGAGUGAUGAUGAGCUGUGGGCCAAAUCGGAAGCAUUGAAUAGUUUGGUAAAAAUGCUUAAGGAACCCGGAACGUGUGACAGUUUGGAAGCAGGACCGGCCGCUUUGCUCUUCGAAGCGUUGUUCGCUUGCCACCACAGGGACCGUCUGCAUAAUUUGGCUGACGAAGCAUUGAUAGCACUCAUCCAAGGCAUCAGGCUUCCAGUGUUGGAGCAAUGCUUGCCACGUUUGUCCUUAAGCAUUUGCAAAAUGGGGGCGUCUUCGGGUGUACGUUGCGCCUUGGUGGUGAUGAAGAAACUGCCCCCUAAGAAGUUGCAAACGGAGAUUUUAACCAAAGGGUUCAGCCAUAGAACGAGGGAAGGUGCCUUACAAAUCCUAAUGGCUUGCUCGAGGCUUUACCCACGUACGGACGUGGAAGUAGCUAAAAUAGCCGAGUUCGCCGCUAUGGCCCUUAAAGAUAGAAGAAGGCGAGUGAGACACGCGGCCCUAGAAACUUUGGCAGCCACAGCUCAGAACUCCUCGGUGGCUGACGUAGUGAACGUCGUGGAAAACUCGAUAAGCGAAUACGCGGAUUUCGAAGAGAUCAUGCAAGUAGUACGAACGAGACUGUCAAGGAAACAACUUCCAUCGGUAAACCUAGAUGGCACCAUAAGAUACUCCUCACCAACGGACCAGAGCGAAUCCGACUGGUUAUCCGGCGGUGCUGUCAUUAAACAACAACCUGUCAACAAUAUGUCAAUUACGUCAAACUCACCGCUGUCAUCCGCGUCAUCGAGCACACCAUCUGUGAACUAUUGGCUGCAUAACUCUAGGCACGAUAAUCAGUUCAAUCAGGGUUCGACGUUGAUUAAGCAGCUAUCAGACUUCAAUGGGGAUGAGGCGUUGGCGUUCGAUGAUCCCGCUAAAAUAUGGGCGGCCGACACAAACUUAUUCCAAAAAAAUGGAAAAACAUCUAAAGGUCCCAAGGGAGGAAUCUUACGUCCGGUAUACAUCCUUCAGCCGGAACUUCCACCGUCGGAAAACGGUAAAAAUGGACGGGGUCACCGCAAAUAUGACCGCGGAAGGUCGUUUUCGCCGCCAAAACAUUUUUUUCGCCCCCAUAAUUCUCAGGUGGACCAAUCGCCGCCCUUUUACGACGGGUAUGCACAUGAAGCUUCAAGGAACUUCGAUUAUCAAGAGAGGCAUCCACGGAACCAGCCGCCUGGGUUCCAAAAGAGUUUCUCUUCCGAUCAGCUGUACUUCAACGAAAGACUUGGACACCAGCAGGGUAAACAUGAACCAUAUUCGUUUUCCAUGUCCAGUCGAUCUUCUUCCACCUCCACAGGUUCUUCAACGAAAAGUGGCAUUUGGCACAAAGAUUUCAGAUCGGCCAUUCCGGUGCCGAUAUUGGAAGGGAAAAUGAAAAUAAGACAGAGCACGUCAUCAGUGAUCUCCACUGGGAGGCCCUUGAUAGCCAAGAGAUCAGUGGUAUCCAGCCCCCAAGGGACCUCGACACCAUCGAAGCCGCCCCCCAAGCCGCCAACAGAAGAUGACGCGGUCAGCCGCCUCUCUUUGCCGCCCUCCAGAUCUUCAGGGUCGGAUUCUUCGGGUUAUUUCACCCCCUCGCCCCCCGAUAAGCACCAACCCUCCCCUGCCUUUAUUAAAAUGGAUACAGAGGAGCGGCCCAAUUUGGAUAUUGAAGUUCAAUCGGUCGGGGAUAAUAAUGGGGGUGAUUUGGUGGAUUCGACCGCACCUGAUCAAACGCCAGUGAACAUCGACAUCCCGAAUGGGGUGGAUAAGGGAAGUUUCGAAUCGUCGUCGGAAAAGGACCAUUGUUUGGGCGAAAGUGUCCACGACGAGUUCUCUUCGGUGGAGUCUCUGCAUUUGCAUAAAAACGAGGAAAGUAUGCAGCAAAUGGAGUUCGUUCCUGGAGGCCUCCAGGUGCGAAGGAAGAGCAAAUCGGUCAUAGAUUUACCGAACUUCUUGCCUAACAUUUACUCCAGCAGAAAGAACAUCAAUUCAGCACCUCCAAGACCAUUGGAAGACAAUUUGAGCCACACAACCAGUUCUGUUCCAACCCUAGAGCUCCCUCUAGACAAACCACCUUCGGAUGGCCCCUCAGAGGGAGUCACUGCAACCAAAUCCAAACUGGAACGAAGGUUUUCCAAAAAAAUCGUCAGAAAACCCGUCAAGGUCACUCCAAGGAGUCAAGAACGUCCGGCGUUGAAACCAAAAGAAACGUUCCAACAAGUGAUGACCCAGAUGGAGAAUCCCAACUGGGAAACCCAGGUGGAGGGUCUACAAGGGUUGUCCAGACUUGCCAGGGAGCACCCCGAGGUCAUCGAGCACCAGAUCCAUCAAGUAUCCAUGGCCUUGGCCAAGCAUAUUAAGAACUUGAGGUCCCAAGUGUCUAGGGCGGCUUGCGGUAGUGUCAUAGAAGUGUUCCUCAGCUGUAAGAAGGGCUUGGACGUGGAACUCGAGGAAGUGGCGUGCUCGUUACUUCAAAGGACCGCCGACACGAACAAGUUUCUACGCGCAGAUGCGAACGCGGCCUUAGACGUGAUGUGCGCGGAGUUGCCUGCGCAUAGGGUGGUCGCCGUCGUGACCUCGAAGGGGUGUGGCCAUCAGAACGCGGUUGUCAGAGCCUCCGCGGUCAGGUUAUUAGGCGAUGUGGUAAAGCGUCUCGGGGCAGAACGAACGUUUCAACUACCGAAAGAGGUCAGGGAUAAACUCUUGCUGGCGGGUGCGAACGCUUUGGCCGACGGUAACCUGGAGGCGCGACACCGAGGCAAAACGUUGUUUAAGUACCUCAUCGAUCAUCAGCAGUUUCAAAAAUGUUUGCACGAGGUUGUGCCUCAGAACGUGCUGAGACACAUCUCCAAGGUGUUGGCCUCCUUAAGGUCCGGAACGUAAUUUUUUAACUUUAAUAUUGUUGCUAUUUAUUGAUAUUGAUGUUACGUUUCUCUUCCAGUACAUUUAUAAUGGUUUCUUUGUUGCGUUUUUAUAUAUAUUAAUAUUGUAGCUAGGUAGGUAGAUAUAGGGAUUAGUGUUAUAGUUUAAUGUUACGUUUAUUAAAAUAUUUCUAUAGUAAAA